CCGCGAAACACUUCGCAAAAAGAAUGACCAGCUGAAUAAAUAAAAGUCAUCCAAUUCAAUUCUAUGAUCCCGUGACGAAAUGGCAGACAAAGACGUGUCCCAUUUCCAGUCCAUCCCCUGGGUGUCAGCCUUACUCCGCGACCCAUCAUUCGUCAACAUCACAUUUACAUCGCGACAUCCCAAAUCCACAACCGAAGAUUCCUUCUAUGCGCGGACCCUAAACACACCCUCGACUAUUUCUGCAUGUUUAUUGCAAUAUCGCAUUCCAGAGUCAUCUCCCGUAUCUUCUCCCACUUCUUCUACUCCCCCCACUAGUACUACCCAUGUCCAAGAAACCCGCGCAUUCUUUACCCUCGGCUCGGAUCUAAACGGGUAUCCGGGCACGUUGCACGGAGGGAUGAUUUCAACUAUGCUUGAUGAAUGUACGGGUCUUUUGCUCACGGUUAGAGGGGAGCUUGAUGAUGCGUCUAUGCGAAAUGAGGAUAAUUUGUAUUCGGCUCCUGUGACUGCAUAUUUGAAUACCACGUUCAAGCAGCCAGUGCCAACGCCCGGUACUGUUGUUGUGCGUACGAAACUCUUAGAGGUGAAGGAUUCGAGGAAGUGGAAAAUUAGGGCAGAUAUUUGUGACGAGAAGGGAACAGUGCUGGCGACGGGGGAUUGUCUAUUUGUAAGGUUAAAGGCGAAAAUGUGAGAAAAGUAAGGUGAUUCUUUUAUUAAUUUCGAUAGAGAGUGAAAGCCUAAUGUCCGCCGAUAGUUCUACAGCAUGUCGUAUUAG